CGCAAGCAGCAUCCCUUUUCGGGUUGUGUCGUCGACACUUCAACACUCGCACACGAUCAAUCAUAGAAUCCGUCUCUGGAUUCAGAAAAAUAGCAAACUGUUGCACAGACAUCGCCCCAGCUUCCCAAGAUGGAAGCAGACACAGCAGUGGAGGCUCCCCAGAGGAGCCCACGACCCCUCCUCCACUUCACCGGUCUACCCAGAGAAAUCCAGAGCGCCAUCAUUAGCAAUUGCUCACGGCUCGACCUGAUCUGUGUCUCGCUCGUCUCUAGGCAUUUUCGGGACCUCGCCGCGGCCGAGCUCUACCGCAGCCUCCAGAUGGUCUUUUCGGACGAGGAUGACUUCGCGAUCGACACCAUAGAGCGGCUGGCUAAGGGCCUCGAGACUCUUGCCACAAGCGACUACAACUACGCGAAUCAUAUUCGGGACAUCACGCUCGACACCGUGCUUAGGGGCGAGAAGGCAGAGAUCCCGUACAAGCUCACGUUGGGCGUCCGCUGCGUCGAGAGGUUCCUCAACACCUUGCUCCUGUUGACGCUGCGCAAGGCCAAGGCGUUGGAAAGACUGAAGUGGAGCAUCCGGGUCGAACUCAGCCGGCCAGUAUACCAGGCGCUCCACCAGAUCGACACCCUCACCUGCCUGUAUAUCCGCAUGCACCAUGGGACCUCGUCCUACGAGGCCCCACCCCCUCUCCCUCUUUACACGCCCUCGACGUCUCCAGAGGUCUCUACAACGCCCCUUCCAAACCACGAUCCCUCCAUUCCCCAGCCGACCAUCAUCCUCCCUCCACCUCCGCCCUACCUCUUCCACAUUCCGCCCCACUUGUUAUCGCUACCGCCGCCGCCACCCCUUCCCAAGGCCCCCAGGCCUAGGCUGUCAAAACAUCCCGUCGCGGCUACGAGUCCACCGACCCUUUCAGGGUUCAAGAACCUGUCAUCCCUGGCGAUCCUGGAAAUCGACAGCCUAGAGGUCAUCACGGAGCUCAAGUCAUGCAUUCGAAACUCGCAGGGGACUCUUAAGGAGCUGAGUCUGUCGUUCUCGACGAACCUCGCCAUGCGCGCCCGAAAGCCCUCACAGGAGGAAAUCGACCCUGAAGAUUCUGACCCCGACGAUGAGUUCCAGGUGAUGCCAGUGAACCUCCCGCCACCGGUCACAUUCGAUGAUCUCAGCGGGCCAGCAAGGGCUCUUCGUGCGCAGGAGGAGCGGAAGACACAGGAGGCGGUAUUGGGCCGCAUAUUUGACUUGGAACCAUACCUGGUCAAGGAGUCUGCCGUGUUGAAGGUACAGGAGAAGGAGAACGAGGCUCCGAAGCAGGACGAGAGGGCACCUCCCGGUCAUGAGUUUAUCAAUUCCCUAAGGGCGGUUUCGAGUAAACUCAUGAGUCAGUUGAACGGUUCAGAGGACUUCACGGCAGCUCAACAGGACAUUCUGAACGUCAUCGAGACCGCAGCGAGGAAAUACGUCGGCGAGGAGGAAGCCAAAGCAGCAGCAGCCUCCAAAGAGAAGGGCGGCGCAGAUGGCGAAGCGAGCGGUGCUGGUGUGAACGAGGAGGCGCCAAAGUUCCAGGCGCAUGGGCAAGACCUCGACCCCGACGACAUCGAUGUGGAGGCACCUUUGGAGGAUUCUUUUACCGAUGAGCCGGCAGAGCUUGACACGGCAGAGGCUGUCAACGGCGUGGGAACCCCGGCAUCUGGACAGGCUGCGAAACAAAUCAACGGUGUCGGCUCUACCAUGAAGGACGGCGAUGCUACUGUUGAGGACCCAAUCCCAAACGUAUCUGCAGUAGUUGCCAACCUGGAUGCGCAACGGGCAAAUUUCAAGGUCCUGUCAGACAAGCUGCACUUCUUCGAGGUUGAGGCUGAGGAGCUGCAGAAGGAAAUAGACAGACUGGCGAACGCAGGGCCUGAGGGCCCCGAUGUCAAUAAGCGAGUGAAAGAUGCCGAGAAGCAGACGCAGGAGUUCAGCAACAGUAUCAAGGACAUCAAACACGAGAUGUCUGUCGUGGCUGCAGGAAUCGAGGACGCGGAAAAGCAGAUGCCCAAUGCUACGGGCACCGGCGAUUCGGACACCCUGCGACAGCGCAUCAACGAAUACGCACGCUCGACGAGAGGUCUCAGCCUCGAGACGCUAAGUAUCUACCUGAUCCCCGUCAAGCGCUCCGUGCUGUCGCGCGCUAUCGACCUACGGGUGCUCCAGAGCAUCACGCUGCUCGGCGUCGGCAACCAAGCUCCUAUCUGGUCUCUUUUCGCCAAAGAGAAUCAGCUUCAUCCGCUGCCUCUACGCAAGGUCUUUACCGACAAUGUGUCUCUUACGUUUUUAACUUUUCUCUUUCAGCUCCCGGAGCUUCACGAGCUCUACAUGCUGGAGCGAUCGCGCAAGUUCAAGCCAGAGUCGUUUGCGCCGCCUUCAAACGUCUCCAUAGCUCAGAUCAGGCGAAUCGUGUUAAAGAAACACCUGGGGACCCUGAAGCGGCUCAUGAUCAACUGCCAGGCAGGCUGGCAAUGGGACAUGGAUUCAAAGACGGCAUAUCUUCUGUGCACGCAGGGAAGUGCUCUUGAGGAGUUGGCUAUCAGCAGCGGUAUUCGCGAGGUUCAUAUUUUCCUCCAACACAUCCAGCACCUGACCAAACUGCGCGCCUUACACAUCAUCAACCUGCGCAAUGAUGACACCUGCGUCUGGGUGAUGCGGGAGACCAAGCGUUUCAUCAUCGACGCCUUGACCCAUCUCCCCAAACUUAAAAUUGAGUGGCUCGCCAUCGAUGAGGACGACACCGUCGAGCACAUGUUUCGAUGGAGGGAGCCCCGCAAGGGCAAGAAGCAGAACGCGAACGCCAAGGGAAAGGAAAAGGCGUCCCUGACGACGCAGCCAUCGCCGCCGCCGCUCCCAUUGAAUGGCGAUCCGUUUCCCGUGCUUACUCUAGACGACCCCGGGGUCGUCAGCGACAGCGAGGAGGAUGACGAAAGCGACGGCAGGAUCGUGACCGACAGCGUGCCAUUUUAUGCGGCAUGGGACAUCAAGAUUUUCAACAAGGAGAUUGUCCAAGGGCAAUUGUGA